AAGACAUACUAUUAUUCUGUCUCAUAGCUGCUAAAUAAAACCUGCUCUAGAAAACAACACUGGACUUUUGAAUUACACAUCAUUUUUGGUGGAAUUAUUAGAAUCAGAAUUAUUGUCUUUUUCUACAAAAGAACAACAGAGGAGUAACACAUCUAAUUUUGGACAUCGAAUCCUCAACAGAAUGAACAUCAUCCAUAUCUCCUCACUGCUGGGUGUAGCUGCAAUCGUUCUCCAACUUGCUGCAUUUGGAGCAGAGUCUCCACGUGUCAGAGUGACUGUGAGUCCUCCGGGGUCAAACAUCUACCUCGGUGAGUGUGUGUUGCUGCAGUGCACGGUGGAGGCACGCUUCAGAAAAGUGGAGUGUGACUCCACUGUGUACCAGUGGUACAGGUCCAAACAACAGACUGCUCCGAACCCCAGGCACCUGGACUCUGGUGACAGCUACUUCAUCACCGCUGUAACGAGGGAGGAUGCAGACAGGUACUGGUGCCAAGUCAAGUGUUGGGAGAACACGACCGUGUCUGUGGUGAAGGCCCGGCCCAUCGCGCUCAGUGUGUCAGAGCUGCCCACUGCCCCACUGUCUGUGAUUCCCAACACCAGACAGAUGCUCACAGGGGAGUACUUCACUGUGCAGUGCACCGCUUGUUCCUCAGGCUGGAAGCUGGUGCAUUUCUCUCCAAACCGUACAAUGGGGACUAGAUUCUUAAGUGUCCAAUUUUCACCACUAGGGGGUGGUGUUAGUGCAAGCAAGCCUGAGAAGUAUGUCUUCGUUGCUGUCAGAAGGAACAGUGGACUGUACUGGUGUGAGGGCGCUGAGGGACGCAGCAGGGCAGUCAGCAUCACAGUAAGCUAUGGCAACAUCAUCUUGAAGACUCCCGCCUUCCCUGUAUUCACGGGCGAUGACGUGGUCUUGUAUUGUCAGUACCGGACAGGCAACCACAAUAAAACAACUUUCUUUAAAAAUGGAACAGAAAUUGACACUUACAGCUCUUUCAGUUCAGACGGAGUAAUAACAAUGACUAUCAAGAAUGUAACACAACAAGAUGAAGGCUUGUAUAAGUGUGCGUCCCAUGACAGAAAGAUGGAGAGUCCAGAGAGCUGGUUAUCAGUGAGACCUGACAGAGGCAACUACACAUUAAAAGAAGAGAUGCCCACUGGUGGUUCCUGGAAAUGGAUCGUUGUUUCAUGUGGGGCUGUGCUCCUGUUCCUCAUUCCUCUAACGAUUUGGCUUGUUUGUCACUACAGGUACCAGAUGUUUUGCAGUCGAAGCUGCUGGCCAGUUUCCAAACAGGAAGUACCGGCGGAGGCGCUUCCUGCAACCAAGCAGGAUGUGACAGAAGUGCAGUGGGACCUGUCUUGGAUGGAGAUGUCCAAUCUGUUGGAUAAGUCAAUAUAUUAAAGGAUCACUCUCACCUGAUUCAAGUACCAUAGUGUGAUACCAAUGAGAGAGUUCAAUCAGUGCUACCUCUAGCACGAGGACAAAUAAAGGAUAGUUAUUUCAUGGGGUGCCGUAAGGAUCUAUUCUUGGCCUGUUGCUUUUUUCAAAAUUUUAAUUUUAAGAUUGUCAAUCUUAUUUACAGUGUCCAAUUAGCUUUUUCUGUUUAUGAUUGGAAGUUCCAUCCUGUAUUUAAUCUUGGUUAUUUAUGUUUCCUUUGUCUUAUUGUUUGAUGUUCAUGAUUAUACUUAAUUAAAUUGUUUUGUAUAUCAUUUAGAGACUGAAAACAACUACAAAGAGAUACAAAACAACUCUAAAGAGGUGCAAAAUGACUAGAAAGGCACAAAACAACUAUAGACAGACAAAAAAUACAACUAUAGACAGAAAGAUACACAAAACAAGUAUAAAAGCACACAAAAUGACUGUAAGGGGAAUAAAACAAGUAGACAAAGGAGACGAAACAACUAUAAACAAACAAAACUUAUAUAAAUCAUAAAUACAUAUUAAUCAAGUACAAAGAGAACAAACCCAGUUGGAAGAGAGAAAAACAACGACACACAAAACAAGUAGAAAGAGACAUAACACAACCACAGAGACUUUGUACAUAUUCUGCAUGCACAUAGUUGUCUAUAUCACUUGAACUGACUGAGUAAAAGUCAGCUUUAUUAUUUCACAAUCCACUGGAUGCUAAUUUAGGCUCUGGAUAAUGUCAUUUUCUAUAGAGACCCAAACCAUUAUUUAUCUGUCAGGAUAAUUAUGAUGGCAUGACAUACUGCACGACUCAUCUUGGAAUAUACUAUAUUUUUGUAAUUCAAAUGAAGCACAUUAUU